UCUGCAGUCCUCUGCCCCUAUUCUCCCUUCACCCAGCCCUCUGCAGUCCUCUGCCCCAUCCUCCCUCCCUUCACCCAGCCCUCUGCCGUCCUCUGCCCCAUCCUCUCUCCCUUCACCCAGCCCUCUGUCAUCCUCUGCCCCUAUCCUCCCUUCACCCAGCCCUCUGCAGUCCUCUGCCCCUAUCCUCCCUUCACCCAGCCCUCUGCAUCUCCCUUCACCCAGCCCUCUGCAGUCCUCUGCCCCAUCCUCCCUCCCUUCACCCAGCCCUCUGCCGUCCUCUGCCCCAUCCUCCCUCCCUUCACCCAGCCCUCUGCACCCUGCAGUCCUCUGCCCCUAUCCUCCCUUCACCCAGCCCUGCAGUCCUCUGCCCCUAUCCUCCCUCUUCACCCAGCCCUCUGCAGUCCUCUGCCCCUAUCCUCCCUUCACCCAGCCCCCAAAUCCUCUCUGCCCCAUCCUCCCUUCACCCAGCCCUCUGCCAUCCUCUGCCCCAUCCUCCCUCCCUUCACUCAGCCCUCUGCAGUCCUCUGCCCCAUCCUCCUCCCUUCACCCAGCCCUCUGCAGUCCUCUCCCUCUGCAGUCCUCUGCCCCUAUCUUCCCUUCACCCAGCCCUCUGCAGUCCUCUGCCCCUAUCCUCCCUUCACCCAGCCCUCUGUCGUCCUCUGCCCCUAUCCUCCCUUCACCCAGCCCUCUGCAGUCCUCUGCCCCUAUCCUCCCUUCACCCAGCCCUCUGCAGUCCUCUGCCCCUAUCCUCCCUUUACCCAGCCCUCUGCAGUCCUCUGCCCCAUCCUCCCUCCCUUCACCCAGCCCUCUGCCAUCCUCUGCCCCAUCCUCCCUCCCUUCACCCAGGCCUCUGCAGUCAUUUGCCCCAUCCUCCCUACCUUCACCCAGGCCUCUGCAGUCCUUUGCCCCAUCCUCCCUCCCUUCACCCUGGAAGCUGA